GUCUCCAAGUUAGCUGAUGUCAUGGUCAGACAUGGUGUGAAGAAAGGAGAUCGUGUGGUCAUCUACAUGCCCAUGAUUCCACAGACAGUGUACUGUAUGCUGGCUUGUGCAAGAAUAGGAGCCAUCCAUAGCCUGAUUUUUGGUGGAUUUGCAUCUAAAGAGCUUUCUGUUCGCAUUGAUCAUGCAAAGCCCAAACUUAUUGUAACAGCAAGUUUUGGAGUAGAACCGAAAAGGAAAGUGGAAUACAUAUCCCUCCUAGAAGGAGCACUGGCAAGGGUACAGAGCAAACCUGAUAAAGUUCUCAUUUACAAGCGACCUAAUUUGGGCCACGUUCCUCUUGCCCCAGGUCGCGAUCUUGACUGGGAAGAAGAGCUUGCAAAAGCACAGUGUUAUAAAUGUGUCCCCGUGCCCGCAGACCAUCCACUUUAUAUUCUGUAUACAUCUGGAACAACAGGCUUGCCCAAGGGUGUUGUCAGACCAACAGGUGGCUAUGCAGUUAUGCUGAACUGGACAAUGUCAGCUGUAUACGGACUCAAACCUGGUGAGGUGUGGUGGGCGGCUUCUGAUUUAGGCUGGGUUGUUGGUCAUUCCUACAUUUGCUAUGGACCUCUCCUCCAUGGGAAUACUACAGUUUUGUAUGAG